UUCCCUGAUGGAAUAAACCACCGCUCAGAACGUUGUUGCCUACUCAGACAGAUUAUUGCAAGCAUCUUGCUGUAUUCUCAAAUUAGAGAAAAAUGACCAACCAGUCUCUUCAUGUGAACAUUGACAAGUGGAUUGCUGAGAAUGAGAGUUCAUUCCUACCUCCUGUAUGCAACAAAUUAAUGUUCUUUUAUCAACUGAAUAUUAUGUAUGUUGGUGGUCCAAACGUAAGGAAGGAUUAUCACAUUGAGGAAGGGGAAGAGCUCUUUUACCAGGUGAGGGGCGACAUGGUUGUGAAAGUGAUAGAGAAUGGCAAGCAUAAAGACAUACACAUUCGAGAAGGAGAGAUGUUCCUUCUUCCAGCGCGGAUUCCCCACUCUCCUCAGAGAUACGCAAACACAGUAGGGCUAGUGGUGGAGAGGAGGAGGCUUCGCUCAGAGACAGAUGGCCUCAGGUACUUUGUGGAUAAUAGUACAGAUGUCUUGUUUGAACGUUGGUUCUACUGUGAGAACCUGGGAACCCAACUUGUUCCCAUCAUCAAAGAGUUUAUGGAUUCCAAACAGAAUAAAACAGGAAAGCCUGAUCCAGCUGAACCCAUCAAGCCAACCCCUUACCCACUCAACACUAUGAAGGUGAUGGCACCGUUCUGCUUCAGAGAGUGGGUGGAAAAGCAGAAGCCUGCCCUGGCCAGUGGUCAGCCGGUGGAUAUGUUUGGAACACAGUUUGAGACUGAGACGUUUCUCUUUGGUUCGGGUACAUCUGAAACCUCUAGAAGACAAACUGAUGGCUGGAUCUGGCAACUGGAGGGGUCCUCCAGCGUCUUUAUGAAUGGCAAAGAGUUCAAUCUGUCUAUAGGGGAUUGCCUUCUUAUUUUUGGAGAGACAGCGUAUCAGUGGAAACGAUCACUUGAUUGUGUCGCUUUGUAUGUUGCCCAAGACCCAGACAGGAAGAGACCCUAUUGACACACAUAUACACACAAGAACACUGGUUUAGGACCAAAUGCAUCAACGGUUUUUAAUAACGACAUUCAUUCUAAUGCAGUUUUUAUUGUAAUGCUUAUGUACCCACCACAGUAUAAUGUCCACAAUAAUCAUAAUAUCCAUGACAAAGUGCAAGUCCAUAAAAAGGUUCUUAAAUACAAUUAAUGUAAGGGCAAGUCUCCAUCAUAAUCAGUAGUAUUGCUUAAUUUAAUUUAAUUUAUUCAACACCUAUAAAUAAAAAAUAUAUAUAUCUAAAGCAAAAUUAUUUUUCCUAUAUUAAUUUCAUGAAUGCAGCUAUCACAUAAGACUGACUGGCUACAGUGUUGGUACUGUAGGUCGAGUUGGUAUCUAAAAUGUAAAAUGCUGUGGUACCGUCAAAUUUUGGUACCUGACAACAAUAUGCUGCUAUUCAGUGGUGUUUUAUAGAGCAUAAAGCUAAGAUAGUGUUAGGUAAUGCGUGGUUAAAGCUAGCUAGUAUAUUUGGCAGCUAUCCAGCACACUUGGCCACACUGUGAUAGAAAUGAAGGUAAACAUGUGAGAUGCGGUUCACUGCCCUCAAUUCAUUGAAAAGCAGGGCUGUAGAAGUGAAAUACGGCAAAACAAACAGAGCAAACAGAAAAGGUGAACUUGUAGACCUGACAGUUUUAUUUCACUCUUAUGUGAGGCUGAUAAUUUGCUGCCUAAGGUAACAAUGCUGAGGUACCAGAGCUAGUUUCAUACCAAAGCCAGAAUGUUGGUAUUGUGCUAACAAUUCUUGCCUGUAGUGGCAGUUAUAUACAUAUACACUUUUUUCUAUUAUUAUUAUUAUUGUUGUUGUUGUUGUUAUGUGCAUUCUACCUAAAUGUUUUCUUGAAUUUCAAAUUGAGCUUUAUUUUUGCUUUUCAAUCUAGUGCAACAGUGCGGUCCACUUUGUCAUCGCCCUUGGUUUUGGAAGUAUUUUUCCCAUUCAUUUUUCCCAAAGAGACUUUUAAAAUGUCUUUGUUAAAGAGUUGUAAGCCAUGAACCAAAGCAACCAGCUACAAGGUGAAUCACAACAUCACAAGUGAGAGACAAUCCCAUGAAGUCCUGAAAAUUAUAUAAUUAAAUUAAAGAUGACAGAUAAAGAUAAAUAAGACCAUUAUUUUAAGUAUGUUUAUUGUGUAUUGGAAACAACAUAUUUUGUAACAACAUAUAUUUGCUUAUUUCAAAAAUAUGUAUAAUAUAUACAAAUAUUUAAGUAGUUUGAGAGUGUAGGUAGUUUCUUUCACAGUGUUUCACAGGAGUGGGUGGGAUUUGCUUGCUUCAGUUAUCUGAAUGGUGGAGAUUUCUAUGCAGAAUCAUGGGUAAUGUAGUUUUUUAUUUUAUUUUUAUUAUUAUUAUGCAGUUAGGGGCUGUUCACACAGAAAGCGUUUUCCCAUUCCAAUGUGCUACUUUUCCAUAGUUUUUCUAUGUAAACAUGCGCUAGAUGGAUGUGUAUAGUCGCUGCGCUCCGUGUCUCUUGCAGUGUCGAGCACAUGAGCACCAUGUUUUUAAUAUUCUGUGUUAAGUUAAAAGAAUUUAAACUUUUACACACAGCGCCGCUCAUCAAUGUCAGUUCCACAACAGUGGACCAAUCAGAAGCCCCUGGAGGCGGGGAAAGCUUUGUGAGCUUUUGCUUACAGUAGCAAGUUGGCAUGGCAGCUGUUUUAUUUGACGGCAACAUGGCGGAGAAAGCAUUCUGUGCUGUGCUUUUAAAAAAAAAACAUUCCUGAGUGCUGUGUCUCAUGUUUUUAGACGCAAAUACGUAUUCUGUGUGAACAGCCCCUUAAACAGGAAUAUUAAAAAAAUAAAAAAAAAAAUAAAAAAAGAAACAACAAUGGAAUAAUGAAGACUGCUGGCUUCAACAACAGAUUAUAGCACUGAUUAACACCCUUGUAGCUCACAGUAAGUCUGUCUUUACAAGUUAAUAAAUUAUCAUUAA